UUCCCUCUCCAUCUCAUCCAAUUCCUCCAAACCUUUGCCCUAUGGCUCAAGACGGUCACCAGGACACCACCGCCUCCGACGAGCGCAGCUUCGUGCCACCGACGACCUUGACCUUCCUGGGUCCUGCUAAGAACGAGAGCGACGACGACAACCGUGGAUCCAGGAUCGCCAGCCCGGUGGGCAUGGAUGGCCACGAGGGGAAGGACGUCGUCCCGAAUGCUGCCAUCCAAGGUGGAGAUGGCUCGGCCGGUGGCGGCAAGGCCGACUCCGGCACAUCCGAAGGUAAGCACUUGGCAACUGGCGCAGCCGCCGCCGCCGCUGCUGGAGACGGCUCCACCUCAAACAAGGGUAAGAGCACCUUGGCUGCUGUCGACGACGGCGAGCUCAAGGUGCACAUCAUCAUGGAGCGAGAGCGUCGGAGGCGGAUGAAGGAUAAGUUCAACACCCUGCAUGAGCUGAUGCCCCACGUCUCCAAUAAGGUUGGCAAGGCGACCCUGAUCGGAGAGACGAUCAACUUCAUCAAGACCCUAGAGGAGACCAAAGCCCAGCUGGAGAAGAAGAAGCUGGAGCAAGCACUUGCGCGGCAGGCCACCGCUGAGGCUGCCGCCGGCGGGGCGUCCUCUUUCUCAGUGCCGCGCACCGCGCACGGGCUGGCGGCCCUGUCGGACGGCUGGGACCCCGUGCCUCGGCAGCAACCUGCGGCGGCGGGGCCGGUCGGGUUCCAGACCUGGUCCACACCGAAUGUCGUGCUGAGUGUGCUGAACAACGAGGCGGUCAUCAACGUGUGCGUUCCGCGGCAGCGCGGUGUGCUGACAAUGGUGCUGUCCGUGCUGAGCAAGCAUGGGAUCGACGUGAUCUCGAUUCAGGUUGGGGCCGACGACGCCCAGAGCUUCUUCAACAUCAAUACCCGUGUGAAUGGAGCUGGUGGUGAAAACCAAUCGGCGGAGGACAUAUACAAGCUGGCGGUGUCGGAGAUCAUGGUGUGGCUCUCUAACUAGACCAGCAUCACCAUCAGGGCCUCAACAGAGUCUUAAGCUGCGUCAGUUCCCAUCAAUCUGCUCAGCUUUGCUGCCCUUCUAGACUGAAGCUGUUAGAGUAACGCAGCUAGUUUAAUUAAUUUGCCUUCACUGUUUCAAGGUUUGAGGAUUGUGCAUGCUCUAUAUGCAUGUCUCUUGUCAUCAGGUCAGGUUGAUUUGAGUUCUGGUGCUUGCUUGUGUGUGUAUGUCGAAGGUCGUUGACAUCGUUCGUCGUGUCAUGUCUUAAGUAUUGCGUAUCAUCUUGAGUUGCUAAACCAUUUAAAUUUCUGGAUCAUUGGAUUUUUU